AUGGCGAGACCAGCGCACGAUGGGCAUCUGCCGGAUGAGGAAGCAACGGAUCCCCGCGGCGCAGUGAAGCCGGACGCCCCAGCUGGAGAGGCCGAUUGCAAUCAGCAAAGCGCAACAACAGGAGUCAACACCAACGAGGAGGAAACGAAGCAAAGAGAGGCAGGCAGAUUCAAGAACAUGUGGGAAAAGCUUGGGCUGGAUGCUGGAACGCUCAUGGUAAUGGGCAAAGCAGCGCUGCCACCAACAAUAGCGCUCGCCAUGUACCAAGCAGAUAAGAUCGCAGCGAUAUACGGAACUCUUGGAUAUCUUGUCGCCAUCGUCUCAAUUCUGGGUUUCUGUAUCAUGCCAAGAGCGAAAUUCAUUCAGACUAUGAUCAUGAAUGUAAUCGCCACAUGCAUUGGAUCAGCUCUUGCCAUGUUAAUGGUGUGGUCGGCGCUCAAGGCGCGAGAGCACACCACUGCCCCCGGCGCGCCUCCAUCGCGUUACAACUCCUCUCAGUCAGCAGUUCUGGGUGUCUGGUUGUUCUUUCUGAUCUACAUUGUCAACACUUUGAAGGCUAAGUUCCCGCAAUUCUCUUUUCCGGUCAUCAUCUUCUCAAUCCAGGCCAAUGUUGCGGCGACCUCCGGCUUCCAGUUCAUGACGACCGCACAGUGCGAGUCUUUCGUCCGACGCCUACUGAUUGCGUUCCUCACUGGGUUUGCCCUCGCUACUGGUGUGAGCCUGUUCAUCGUACCUAUCACCUGCCGACAGGUUGUCGUCAAGGAGAUGACUGGAUACCUAGGGCUUCUGAAGGCGGCUAUUGCAGCGCACAAGAACUACAUCCACAGCCUGGAGGGGUCAGACAUAUUCAGCUCAAUCUAUGUUCCCGAAGCCGAGAGAGACGAAGAUGCAGACGAGGAGAAGAAACCAAAGGCUAGGCCAGAAGCUACAGCUGUUAAGGAGACCAUAGCAAGCCUUCAGGAACUGCAUGGAAAGCUUACCGCAGAUCUUGUGUUCGCCAAGAGAGAGGUAGCUUAUGGCAAGCUUACGCCGGACGAUUUCCAAGCAAUGUUCAAGCACCUAAGAUCGAUUCUUAUGCCCAUGCUCGGUCUGGGUUCAGUCAUGGAUCUGUUCGAGCGAGCAGCAGAGAUCAACCAUUCGGACGGUGAAAACGGGUCGGAAGACGACCUCGAAUUGCGAGCAAAGGCAAUCGGCGAAUGGAACGAGCUGUUUUCGUCCGUGCAUGAGCCGUUCGACCACAUCAUGCAAGUUAUGGACGAGGGUCUUACGCACAUCAUGCUCAGAAUGCAUUUCAUUUCGCUGCCAAAGAACAAGAAGGGCCAAAAUCAGGAUGAUACGGAGGCAAAGGGCGACGCUGUGAAGCCUGGCGAUAAGAAUUUCGCAGAGUACAUGGAGAAGCAAGCAGAUGCAUUUUACAGCACAAAAGCACCGAUGCUGCGCCACUGGGUCGAGAGCAAGGGUAUUAAGCUUAGCGCUGACUGCUUCUCCCAUCCUGGUCAGAUUGACAAGGAAACUCUUCAACGCCUACCCAGUAUAGCAACACGACAAAAGGAUCAGCGACAGCUGUACAUGGUCCUUUAUAUCAUCUUCCUUCUCAACUCAGUCAGCCGUUCGAUUCUUGAAUUCGUCAAGUUCGCCGAUGAGCAUAACCAGGCAACAGCAAAGAAGAAGUUUAUAAAUCCUGGCGGCCGACGUCUGAAGAAGUGGCUCAAGAGUAUCUUUCAAACCCAAGACUCAAAUCACGACGACGAGACGACGAUCGCAGGUUUGGAAAGAAAUAACACCACUAUCUACAUGGGCGAAGCAUACAACAGCAAGAAAGAUCCUGAACACCUACCCCCCAAAAACGGCUGGAAGAAGUUUGGUGAUAUCAUCCGCACAUGUGCGAGAUUUUUCCGUUCCACUGAAUCCGCUUUCGGUCUCCGUGCUGCUUGUGCCACGAUGUCCAUAGGCAUUAUCGCCUUCUUUCACGACACCCAAACCUUCUUCAUCGAACAACGUCUCGUCUGGGCCAUGUUCAUGGUUGCCCUCUCUAUGACGCCAACCGCAGGCCAAGCUGCCUUCCAAUCAAUGGCCCGUAUCGGAGCCACCUUUAUUGCCAUGCUUUUCGCCUGGCUAAUCUGGUACAUCCCUGACCAAAAAACAUGGGGUAUCAUUCCUUUCGUAUGGCUUUUCGUGGCAAUUGGCUUCUACAUCCCGCUUAAGCGCCCAGACUUCAUCAUCGUUGGUCUGAUCAGCGUCGUCACCUCCGUCACGAUCGUGGGCUACGAGCUGCAAGUUCGCAAAAUCGGAAUCCAAGCAGCAACCGCCAGCGGCCAGCCCGCAUACCCCAUCUACCAGCUCGGGCCCUAUCGUCUCGCCGUUGUCUCUGGCGGUCUCGCAGUCGCUUUCUUCUGGACCGUCUUCCCCUACCCAAUCACCGAGCACUCGGCGCUGCGGCAGCAACUCGGCGGCGCGUUGUAUCUCUCUGCAAACUAUUAUUCUAUCAUGCACGAACAGGUGUUGGCGCGGAUCCGGGGCGACGCAGGGGACGAAGAGAAGGAUAAGUCAUCACCGGCAUAUAUGUUGAGUAAGGCGCAGAACAAGGUCUUUGCGAAGCAAAUGCUCACUCUGCAAGCGCUGAGAAUGCACUCGAGGUUUGUGAGAUUCGAGUUUCCCCUCGGGGGCAAGUUCCCCGCCAAGGACUAUGAGGAGAUCGUCGGGUACGUGGAUAACAUUCUCAAGUAUACUGCGUUGCUCGGGUACGCGAGCCAGGCGUUCACACAACCGUCGCUCAAUCCCGAUGCAUCGGACGAAAGAGUGAGUUUGACUGCGGCCAAGUUCCGGAAGCAAGUGAGUGUGCAGUGGCUGGAAGAUUUUCGUAGGGUGGUCAAGGACGCGAGUGUCACGAGCCACGAGAUCACAACGCUGUUGUCGCUGCUGUCGAGCUCGAUCCGAAACGGGCAGCCGCUUCCGCCAUAUUUGAAGCUGCCGCAUCAGUAUCAGCUGAGCCGGGAGAUGGAGGUUGUGGAUUCGGAUAUAUUCAACUUGCGACACAUUGCUGAGCCGGGUUAUGCUGCGUUUGCCGUCAUGGCCGUCAGCACGCGCUGCAUAUCGAUGGAUAUUGAGAAACUGCUCAAGGCUGUCAAGAAGCUCGUUGGUGAACUCGACUUCUCCUUCCACAUCGUCAGCGCCAAUGCCAGCAGCGGGAACACGUCGGCAGAGACAUUGGUCAAAACUGCGACGCAGCGCAGCGCCAACGCGCGGAGUAAGCAGGAAUAG